AUGCGCUCAACAACGCAUUCUCUUGCCGCAAAGGCAUUUUUUGUGGCCGCUCUCGUCUUUCUGGCCGCACCGGCUGUGCGCGCACAUGGCGACGACGAGGGGAUGGGCAUGGACAUGGGCGACAGUAUGGGCGGCAGCAUGGACGUGGCGGCAAAUCCGCACCCGCUUACACACAACGCGACGACAAACGGCACUGCCGAGAUUAUCUACAAGCCCACGUACUUUGCGCACCCAGAGCACGUCGGCCUGAUAUACGCACACAUUGUUCUUAUGACUCUGGGUUGGGUGUUUGCGCUGCCAGUUUCGGUGAUGCUGUCCCUUGCGCGGUCGCGCUACACGCUGCCUUCGCAGCUGGUGUUUUUGGCUGCCAAUGGCGCUGGUGUGCUCGUAUCCACCAUCUACAACGCCAGCACACCUGAUCUGUACCCGAACAACGCCCACCACAAGGUCGGCUGGAUCGCGACCUGGGUCGUGUCCGCGCAGGUCGUCAUCGGGCUCCUAGCUCGUGUGUCCGGCACCUUCAAGCGUGGUGGCAGCAACACCAGUUACGACGGAAUUCGCAGCAGCGAGCGCCGCGCCUUUAUCCCCGUAUCCACAGAGGCGCUGGCCGAGCACAGCAGCCAGCAGCAGAGACGUCACCCAACCAGCCACGGCCACCAGUACCGUCUUUCGAACGACAGCGGCCAGGGCACGGAGCCCAACACCGAGUCCCUGCGCAGCAACUCCGUCUCGACGCUGGGCGACGGCGAGUCAAGUCGCCAGAAGGAGAGCUACGACGAAUCCGACCAGAGCAACCACUACGACGACUUCGAGGACGAGGAUCUCGAGGAUGCACGCCGGCCGCCGACGCCUCGUCUGGCCCUUGCCGGCCGUUUCUCUGCCCUUACCGGCAAGGUAGCCGGCAAGAUCUCCUCACGCGCUUGGACUGUCCUGCUUUUCGUGUACAACUUUAUCGAUCGCACCAGUAUGAUCCUGGGUUUCAUUGCUUUUACCCUGGGUAUCAUCGCCUACGGCCGUUUCUUUGAGGGGCACGGCAUUUUCAGUGGACUGGCGCACUGGAUCAAGGGAGGCAUUUUCUUCUGGUUGGGUAUUUUCACUCUUGGUCGCUGGGCGGGUUGCUUCGGCGAAUGGGGAUGGGCUUGGAACGUACGACCGAAAUCACCUUCGCAGAAGUGGCGCCCGUCAGCCGAGUUUGUCGAGAGCUUCCUCAUUUUCUUUUACGGCGCGACGAACAUCUUCCUCGAGCAUCUCGGUGGUCAGGGCCAAGCGUACACUGCGACGGACCUGGAGCAUGUGUCCAUCACUGUUCUCUUCAUCGGUGGUGGUUUGUGCGGUAUGCUCAUCGAGUCAACGCGCAUCCGUGACCUCCUGAACACGACCGUGACGGAGGCGGCCCACGAGUACCCCGAGAGCAACUACCAUGACGAGGAGCGCGAGGCUCUUCGUCCACCGCCCACGUACGAAUUUUCGAUCAACCCCAUCCCGGCUCUCGUCAUCCUGCUGCUCGGCAUCAUGAUGAGUUCGCACACCCAACAUAGCAUGAUCUCGAGCAUGGUGCACAAGCAGUGGGGCAACCUGCUUACGGGUGCGUCCUUUGCUCGUGGUUUCACCUAUGUCCUUACCUUCCUGCGCCCGCCCAAGUCCAUCCUGCCGUCACGGCCGCCGACGGAGCUGCUCGCGUCGUUCAGUCUAAUUUCUGGCGGCGUCAUCUUCAUGGCCAGUGCUGGUGAUACUAUCAACGGCAUGAUCCACUACAAGCUGGAUGCCAUGUUCAUGUACACGGUGACUAUGGGGCUUGUUGGUCUCCUGAUGGCGUGGAUCAUUGUGGUUAUUGCUCUCAAGGGCUGGGCUGUCCGCAAGGAGGCCGGCCGUCCGACCGGUUCGUAUCGCUUGGCGUAA